UGCAUGGAGAUAGAGUAAAUUACUGCUCUUUGUGAUUAAGGGGGACAUGUACUAAGCAGUGAUAAAAGUGGAGAAAUAAGCCAGUGGAGAAGUUGCCCAUGGCAACCAAUCAGCUGCUCUGUAUACUUUUAUAGUAUGCAAAUUAUGAAUGUUACGUCAAUGCUGAUUGGUUGCCGUGGGCAACUUCUCCACUGGCUCACUUCUCCACUUUAUCACUGCUUAGUACAUGUCCCCCUAAGUCCUAUAUCAUUCAAAUGGAAAUGCUAGUAGUAAUUUCCUGAUGACAACUUUGUCAUACUCAGUCAGUCUACAUAAUAUGACUUAGCCAAACCAAAAAAUGUAUAAAUAAUGUUCAUAUUGAAAUGUAAAAGACAAUUUUUAUUGUUUGGAGGGAAUAAUAGUUUAUGUUAAUUGAUAAAUGAUAGCUGAAACUUCUAUUCAAAAAGCCUUAAAUAAAAUUUCAGUGGGAAACGACCCUUCACUCUGACUAGCAGUGCCAUGAGGUUAAUUCUCCAGCCAUGUGAAAUUCAAGCUUAUUAACACCUCAGCACUUUUUUGUGUCAAGAGCACUGACCCAAUAGCUAGGCAGUGGUCCAAACAGUGCUCCUGACUCAUGAGGUGUUGAGUACUUGACUUUUAAACUUUUGCCUUUUUUAGCAAGAGAGUUGACAAUAGAGCAGGUACAUUGGAGUGAAUAUGAUAGCUGUUCUGUUUUACUAGUUGGGGGUAAAAGUGUUGGUUACACUGCAAGUUUUCACAGUUUUCUGAACUUGAAGAACUGAUUUAUCAAUCAGUUGUCUGCAGCAUAUGGGAUACGCAGCUUGGUACUCUAGGGAAGACUGUGUAACUGGAUGCCUGCCUAUUAUCUGUGGAUCAUCACAUAUACAAUACAUAUAGCUUUAUUCUAUGACACCCUAUGUGAAUGUAAGGUACAAUUUAUUUUGUACUGAGAUCCACUUGCAGCCAUAUAUGGAGAAUACAUGGAUCACUUCUCAUGAACAAUAAUAAGCAACAAUCCCACCAGCAUCUUCAGUAUAAUAAAGGUGACAGAAAAGUCUGUCUGAAACAUUAUUAAUGAGCAGUAGGCAUACCUGAUCCAAGAUGGUAACAGAUUUUGUUAGAUGUGAUCUUGUCGAAGUUCUCAAAACCCUGGGCACCCUCAUUAGCCAGGUAUGCUGUUCCGCUGCCAAACUUCCCAGGAAUAUACAAUAAUAACAAAAUUCUUAAACGGGAUGAAAACCCCUGACAGCAUACAUUCUCUUGCACCACAUGUUGAUAAUGCAAAUCCUAUAGCCGCAAGCUUAAUUGUACAUGAUCAAAUGUAUGCCAAGAGGUUACACACAAAUGCAGAGCUGUUAUUUGUGGACAAGGGCUUCACUCUCGUGUUAUAUAAAACCUGAACGUUGCUUGUUGCCUUCAUGGUUCAUCAGUGUGCAGUGACAUUGCAUUACUUUAGAGAUCAUUGAUCUCUGUGAACAUACUGUGAAUUACACUUCCAAAACAAUCCAUUUUGUGUUUGUCCCCAUAACUCAUGGGUCCCUAACCAGCAAAUUUGUCCUUUCACAGAGUCCAUAAUUGAGUACAUUUUCUCCCAGUUUGUGACAUGGGUUGUUUUAAGUAAUUGAUAUAAGUUGAUAUUAGAUGUACUAUAUCUAUUAUCUAAGUCUGCGGAAAAAGUCAGCCUCACAAUCUGUUUGCCUUAUUGUCUAAAUUCAUCCAGGAAAGAAUUCCUUUAGCAGGGUCAGAUGUAGCUACAGUAUGAUUCCAAGAGCUAAUAAUCCCCCCCCCCCCCCCCCCUGUCUUUCUGCAUAGGAGUCUACAGUAUUCAGCAAGCAAAUCAUAGAGAAAUGAAUGUUUCCAUAUGAUUUAAGUGUCCAAGCUAUGUAAGAAAGGGUUAAUGAAGAAGAAAAUGCUUAUAUGUUCUACGUUAAUGAUCAACUUCUACAGCAUAUUCUGCUUUUUAGAUAGCAGAAUUUUUUUUUUAAAUCCUUAACUUACAAAAAUUUAUCUGAGAAUGAUGUAAAAUCUGUAUGUCAGCUGAAAAACUGUGUAGAGAUGGGGAAUGCGCAGAUCAGGACAGUCUUUUUGGACAACCGAAAAAAAAACCCUUCCUUUGGGGAUUUAAUGCAACCUAUAUUACCAAGUAAGGAGACAAUGGUAAUAAAAGUGACAAUAUUGGCUUAAAAUAUUCAAGCCAAUAUCACAAUAAUUACUAAGCAGACCUCAUAGAUACAUAUAGCUAUACAGUAUAUAAACUCAGCUUUAAUGGAGCCAAUAAAGUGUAAUCACAUGAACACAAGGCUAUCCCUGCAUCUCUGCUUCCUUAGGUCUGUUCUUCUCCACAAAUGUAAGAAUUUAAGCCUGGUCUUAAGUUUUGCACUAGUGUCACUGUACAGCAUAUUGUAAGACCAGGGGUUCCAGCACCCGUAGCAUGAUUCCACAGUUGAAAGCUGAAGAGCUCUCUAUUCCAUUAUAAUUUGGACAGAUGAAUUUGCACCAACUAGUGAUCGAUACACAACAAUUACUACUGUCCAAAGAUGUUUUUUUAAAUAUGUUAAUAAGCACCAGUGAGAGGAUAUGUUAUUUAUAAGCAUUAUAAAAUGUACAGUACAAAAGGUGUUUAUCCCACUGGUGUAUCGAUAAUGGGUGCAGUAAGUGUGAAGCACACCGUGCACCCAUUUUUCCAAGACUUACCCUCCGGAGUCAAUGCUGUAGAAAACCACCGGGAAAAUGGUGCAGCAGACAUCUUCCCAGCGUUUCACGCAUGUGCAGUGGAGAAACCACUGGGAAAAUGGCCACCACGCCUUUUUCUCACGGAACUGUGCAUGAGCACUAGAUUCAGAGACAGUGCUAGGUUCUUCUUGUGACCACAGUGCCCAGAGUACACACGGGCCUCCUCCUCUUUUUAUGCCUAAAUACAAUGUAUUGAUAGCAGGCGCACUUAUCUACACACAUAACCCUAAUCACACUGAUUUUGUUUUUUAAGAUGUUCCUGGUGGCAAAUUUACAUUCUAGUAUUAACACAAUUAAAUGAAAAGAAUAUUUUCCUUCUGUUCUAAAUAAUAUGUAGUGUGAUGUAUGCAAAAAAAGCUAAGACAUAAACUACUUUUGCAGAUUUGGUAAUUCAGAACUCAGGCUAUAAUAUUGGUAAAUGUUCACUUUGGCAAAUCCAUGGGAUAAACUGUCUGCUCUUGGGAAAAAGUUUUUCUUUUCAAUCACAAUAUAAUCAAUCAUGAUUCAGUUUCACAUGCAUAAUGCUGGAAAUGUUGAAACAUGGUAGCGUAAAAUGUUAUAUGUGUUUAAACUAAUGUGUACACGUCAUCAUUUCAAAAUAAAUAAUGUUCUUGAA